GUUGUCCAAAUCCAUCUUCUCCCUCACGAGCCCAAUUUCCCUCGCGUUAGCGCAUUUUGGCGCAGUGCCAUAGCCGAAAUCCGAUGGCGUUCCUGGAGGACCAUAUCUAUCUCGAAUGCGAAGGAUUUCCGUAGACCUUUCCAAAGUCUAUGCUUCUCGUCUCUGCAUGCGAUGCAGACCUUUACCUGCCCCUAAGAAUAUCCACUCUCCAAUUUACAAUGGACCAGCAAUUCUCGCACUGCGCAUUGAAACAUGGGGCGAGAUAUAUUCCUCGUCGCAUGCCUCGGUGCGAACAGAAGGUUAUCGAAGCUUAAGUCAAUUCCGCCGAGUUGUAUGUGGCGUAUAUUCUAUGUUCUGCAUAGCACCACAUGAUACUGAUAUGCAUCUGGAGCUCUCUCAUACGGAGCGUCAAGCAUACGUCGGCCGUGUAAUCGGGUCCUUCGCAGUGCCCAAGACAUUCCAUGUGUUUGAAGAUUCAUUGGAAACCUGAGCCUUAUCAACCCCCGACUUCUCCAACAGUAGCAUGUCGUCGACCACUCUUAUAAGGCUAACUGUUCGGUUUGCUCGGCGAAAAUGUCCACAGUCUUAUGUCAAAGAAAAUUCCAAUGCCCUAUCACUCAUUCCAAAAUCUUAUACCCAACUUCGAUCGUCCAUGGAUGAUGUAUACAGCUGCGCAUAGCUUUUCGUGGGGGGAUCCCGGGCCUAUACAUGGACACCUCGAUGAAGGUCUUCCGAAUUGUGUGCACCAGUGUUGGCGUCCUCGAGCACCCUUUAUUGGUAUGUACCUAAGUUUGAUCAGUCCCGUUCCGUACACAAACCCGUCAGCGGACCUGGUUUCGGAGUAUCCAUCUACAUUGUAUCGUCGCGAAUGUUUCGUGACUAUCGAAUGUCUUUUGCGAUUGUGGCUCGCGGUAACAUUCAAUUUGUAUUUCUAUACCGCCAUCAACUCGUUCAAUCUCGUCCUCGUUCGCAACAAUGGAACUAACUUGGGAUUAUCUCCCUGAUGCCUCCUGAAUAAGCUUUGAUAGGAAUG